GCAUUCCUGGCGAGCAGCGACUGCAUCACAGGGAGACCUGACCUGCGCCUCUUAAGCAGCGUGAGAUUCCCUGGCUCCUUCCCGCAUAACCGUCGCGAGCAGUCACCUAAACCAUUGUUUCUCCACUCUCUUCCUUCAUUACCAUCGCUUGACCGUCGCAGCAUGCCUUCCAACCUGGAUUUACAAGGCGGAAAAGCCUUCGGGUUACUCAAAGCACAGCAGAGGGAGAAACUGGAGGAAAUCAAUAAGGAGUUUAUGGAAGAUCAGAAGUACAGGGAUGAAGAGGAUUUACCAGAGAAGUUGGAUUCUUUAAAAAAUAAAUAUGCUGAGUUUGACCUGAAUGAUCAGGGAGAGAUCGACAUGAUGGGCUUGAAGCGAAUGAUGGAGAAGUUGGGUGUGCCAAAGACCCAUCUGGAGAUGAAAAAAAUGAUCUCGGAGGUGACAGGAGGUUGCAGCGACACCAUCAACUACAGGGACUUUGUGAAAAUGAUGCUUGGCAAGCGAUCAGCUGUUCUCAAACUGGUUAUGAUGUUUGAAGACAAAGCUAACGGGACCAGCUGUAAACCCGGUGGACCCCCUCCCAAGCGUGACAUCACCAGCCUACCAUAGACCAGUGGAGAUGGAUUCGAUUGACAUCUCUGCAUUCACAAAUCCCACCCAUUUAACAUUAGGGGCUAGGUUUCUAUAGCCUUACCUAGAAUCUUUUUGCCAAGAUCCAUGGAAAAUCUUAGUUCAUAUACAGACAAAAUUAAGAAAAAAAACAAGAUGUCUAUAUUUGCUGUGAAAGUCAAAGCGUAUAGUAGCUUUUUAUAAGUAAACAAAUGUAUAUAUUUAUAUUAAAAAGGUGUUUUUGAAUCGUGUUUACAAGCACAAAUCCUGUAAGUGAAGUACUAGGGAAGUUGAGUGUGUAACACUGUAAGUGUACCAAGUAAAGUGUACGGGAUGACACAAUUUUAGCUUGUAAGGCAGAUUUUAAGAAUUAAGAUUUUUCAUCUUCCCCAUGUGUGAUUUUUAAAAAAAAUUUCAUUUCAGUACAUUCGUGUUUGUCCUUUGAGUCGCUUGAAGAGUUCUUUAGCUUAUGCUUAACACAGAGUCCUAUAAUGUGACAUCAUAGAUGUGUGUGUGAGGCUCUUUUAAGAUUCAGUUAGUGCUCAGCCAUGAAAAAAACGUAAUUUAGCUUGAUCUGCUUCUAAAAGCAGGAUUUCCUUUGUAAUAUUUUUGUACAGGAAGGCGCAGGGAGUGAGAAUGCUGGGAUUUGAGUGAAGAAGGCAAAAAGGGACGACCAUUCAUUCCUCAGAUUUUCUUUGCUCAUUCUCUCUGUCCAUUUUUACUUUCCACGGUCUUCAGACUUUCUUUUUAACCUGUUUGUAUGCGUCCAAAUGACUGUAAUAAGUAAUUUUACUGUAUCCUGUAAGCACAUUAAAUGUUAACUACACGUA